GGGGCUACUGGAUUGAGAGGACCUAUUGGAGAGAAAGGUGAUCGCGGUGAACAAGGUUUGAAAGGUUCAAGAGGAUUUACCGGAGAUAAGGGUCGUAAAGGCGAGAGAGGAAACGCAGGACGAGAUGGACAGAGAGGUGACCGUGGUGAUAAUGGACUUGAAGGGGCUGCAGGUCCAGUUGGGGUGCAGGGAAAUGCAGGUCAAACAGGCCCAAGGGGAUUCAAAGGAGACACUGGAACGAAAGGAGAUCGGAGUUUUAUAAUUUUCAGGGGUCAGAUAGGCGAUAAAGGUAGUCAGGGCGAUGUUGGUUCAAGAGGUCAGGAUGGUAUAAAGGGACAGAAGGGUAAUAUAGGUUCACGAGGAGAUAGAGGUGACCGUGGUCAUACCGGACCAUACGGUGCUACUGGUGCCAUGGGCUCUAAAGGUAGUCGUGGUGAAAUGGGCCCACAGGGUUUUACUGGUGUAACUGGACCUUCUGGUCUGACGGGACCUGUUGGACCUGUAGGU